GGUAAGUAAGUCGGAGAGAACGGGGAGAGAGAGAAGAGAGAGAGAGAGCGGCAAUGGCGAUCAAAGGGAAACGGUUGGGGUGAGCUUCUGGGAAGCGAAAAGGAGCAUGAGGAUCAGAAUACCCGCCAAAAAGCCUCUCCCAGUCUCUCCUCUCCUCCUCUUCCUCCUCCCCUCCGUUUGCAUCUUCCUCAUCUUCCUUUACUCCUCCUCCUCCGCCGCCUCCCUCCGCAGCAGGACCUCCACCUCCACCACCACCACCACUUCUUCCAACGAUGGGAGCGAGAAAAGGACGAGUCGGAGGGCUGCCGCCUCCUGCGAUUACUCCCAGGGACAAUGGGUCUACGACCCGCAAGCUGAGCCCCUCUACGACCACACCUGCAAUGAGAUCUUCAAGGGCUGGAACUGCAUCGCCAACAACAAGCCGAACGCCCUUGAUCUGACUAAAUGGCGUUGGCAACCCUACGGUUGCGAUCUCCCUCGCUUAGAUCCCCUUCACUUCCUCGAACGUUUCCGUAAUACUAAUAUCGGUUUUGUCGGCGAUUCGUUAAACAGGAACAUGUUCGUGUCGCUUGUUUGCUCGCUCAGACGGGCUUCCAACGAGGUGCGGAAAUGGCGUCCUGCCAAGGCCGAUCGUGGGUUUACAUUUUUGAGAUAUAACCUUACGAUUGCGUACCAUCGGACGAAUCUUUUGGCCCGUUACUCCCGGUGGUCCGCAAGCUCUAAUGGUGGUGUAUUGGAGUCACUUGGUUACAAAAAUGGCUUUAGGGUAGAUGUUGAUAUUCCUGACAGCUCUUGGUCUUUGGCUCCAACUUUCCAUGAUGUUCUUAUCUUGAACACAGGCCACUGGUGGUGGGCACCAUCGAAGUUUGAUCCACAGAGUUCGCCCAUGCUCUUUUUUGAGAAGGGUUUGCCUGUAAUUCCCCCUAAGCGUCCUGAGGUUGGCCUGGAUAUGACUCUAAAACAUAUGACGUUGUUUGUGGAGACACAAAUGGGAGAUAGUGCAUUGAAAUUUUUUCGCACACAAUCUCCAAGACAUUUUGAAGGAGGUGAUUGGAAUGAAGGUGGCUUUUGUCAACGCACAAGACCUUUGCUGCAAGAGCAGGUGGAGCAAUUGUUUUCAUUAGAGAACAAUGGAACAAAUAUAGAGGCACGAUUGUCAAAUGAGCACAUGUUUCGUGCUGUAAAAGGUACAAGUUUUAAAAUUCUAGACAUCAGUCAUAUGAGUGAAUAUAGAGCUGAUGCUCAUCCAUCAAGGUCAGGAGGGAAGAAGCACGAUGACUGCAUGCACUGGUGCUUGCCUGGAAUUACAGAUUCAUGGAAUGACUUGCUUGUUGCUCACCUAAAUAGAGCUUGAAAUCAUAUGUGCAUAUGUUCUUUACUCAUCUACCUGUGUGUGUGCUCGUGCUGGCAAGAUAAAAUAUACAUGUGCGCCCCAAUGAGCACACAAACAGAGGAUUCUUGUAUAUUUAUUUGACAGCCACCAGCCCCAUGUACCAGAAGUACCCAGCAAGCAUGGUACCCAGCAAGCAUGAUGUGCGAAGUGAGCGAAAAGCAUAAUUUUGGAGGGACAUUUAUGUGGGUUCGGAUUGUGUUGUCAACAGUGAAGUUCUCUUUUCCAAGAUUACAAGGUGUCUUCACUCCACACAUGGUUUUAUGCAAGGAGUAGGCCGAUAAAUUGCAUGCUUCUGCCGCUUUUUUCUGGAAGAAAGGUUUCAUGGUCUUCUUUUUGGUAAAUUUGGAACUUGUGGCUGUCCUUUUUUGUUGAUUAUAUAUUUAACAUGAGGCUGCACCAAAAUUUGUUUGUUAAGGGUGUUUCUGAAAGUAUAUGGCAAUAAUUAUAGUGCAGUGUAGACAUUCAUCAUUGGUAAAGAAAAAACUGUUGGAACUUUUAUUAUCUA